AUGUUUGCUUCGUCUUGGAACAGUUUGUGCAGCGAUGCGGAACUCAUGCGUAGCGUAUGGGAUUGUUACGAUGCACAGAAACAUGGCUCAAAUGCUCUCAGCACUCUUAUCACUGCGCUCAAACGACUUGUCACAGAAAAGCCCGCUCUGCUCGGGGUAGUCUCGCAGAUGUUCGGUGUGGGCGUCAGCAGUAAUAAUGAUAGCCACUACGCAUUAUCACCCAGUGGUUCUGCUUAUUCGUUGGAUGGAGUAGCUGGGAUGGUUGCCACUGCGGCUAGCGCCACGGUAUCAAAUGUAGUUGGAAUGAUGGGCUCGAACGCUGGACUAAGCUUGCAGGGUUCAACUAUGAAACUGCAGUGUAUUGACCAACUGGACAAGGCCGACUCUCCUCCAAUUCCUGAAUCAUACGUCUAUCUCCUUGCCGUGCAAUGUCUUGUCUCUCUUUGUGAAGGAUUUGCAACAUUCGCCGCACCCCUCUACAACACCAUAAUUGUCCAAAAACCUCGCGCAGCAGGCGAGGCUCCUAUCCGCGCACCACCAGCCUUUCUUUGGACGAUCCAUCAACAAAACAACUCCAAAUCGUAUGGGAUAUCAUUUCAGUCACCGUCCAGCGAAACACGGCGGAAGCAUCCGGAAAUUCACGAGGCCGCUGAAAAGUCUUUGACUAUCCUUAGAGCUUCACCAGAGCAGGCAAAUAUUAAUCUGACCACAGUUGUCAAGCCCCUCGUCCCCACCCUCUUCAUCUCCUUCAACAUCCCCAGUCCCCAAUUUCGCUUCCACCACUUACGCCGGGUGAUUCCUACCAUCAUACCAUCUUCAAAUACCAGUAUAUCCAGCCCUGGAGCACCCAUACGUCGUCCACCGCUUCCAACCACCCUUCCCAGUUUUCCUGGGUCCGGAACCUCUUCGCCGAGUGUAAAAACACCUCUUGCUUCUCCCAAUUUGGCUACUUAUCGGGCACCAGAAGAAUUGGUCAACUCCGACAACAGAGAUUAUUUUGCAGGUCCUUCUACCAGUGCUUUAGCGCCGGUUAGCGAACAAGCGGUCGAAGCCGACGAUGAAGAUGAUGACGCAGAAACGCUUGACGGACAUGAAGUCAAUGAGGGCGAAAACAGUACAUCGCCGUUAAUCCCGGAUCACGGUGAGAUGGACGAGGAAAUAACGACGUAUUUCCAAGAGGAAGCAACAGAUGGUUCAGAAGAAGGCAAGAGUGAUACUGAGCUAGAACUUGUAAUAGAUUUACCUGAGCCGGAGGCUGGGAACGCUGAACAGCAUGAGGAACCUCAUGUUGUGGACCUCCAGGAUGGCAAUGAAGUUGCAGGUGCGGAAGUAGAUGAGGAUGAGGAAGAUGACGAGGAAGAAGACGAAGAAGGCGAAGAUGAGAUUGCCGAAGAAUUCCAAGUCAGACCACAACUUCGAGAAGGAGCUGCUGUUGCAUUCAAUGCCGGUGGCAGAAGGGCGAUCCAGCUUGACGCCAAUGGGGAUCAGAAUGCGCAUCCCAUACGCGAUAUCCUCAAACGAGCUGCGCUAGUCCAACUUCGGAAAAUAUGCAUCAGUGGCAUCAUAUACACCUUUGUCGUUGUAUGCACCGUUUUCAGCGUUGCGGUGUUGCUCUUUCUUGGCCAAAAAUUACUCCUUCCCAUUCGAUGGAAAACGAGAGAGCCUUUAUCCAAUAUUUCUAUCGAUUUGCUAUUCCUCAACGUCGCAUUACCAUAUACUAUGACUUAUUUUUACGCGACUGCGACUACUUCAUACUUCUUUGGGUUACGUCUGGCGGAGGAGGAAUACGCUCCGAAAAAAUUCUCACUUUCCCGCAUCGUAUAUGGCUCAAGCAAAGACGCUUCUAUCCUGGUUGAGGAUUAUGACGGGUCUUUCAGGCGGGUUCCCAAUACGGACGAUCUUGCUAUCCUGUGGGACAUUCCUGCUACUGUAGCGGUUACAGCUACCGGCAAACCUGUCAAUGAAGAGGCAAUGAUCCUCAUGACCCAACAGGAUAUGGAAACGGUUCAAGCCAAGCAUAGCAGCAGACAAGACUUCACUGUGGUCUAUAUCUCGCCAUAUUUCCGAUACCGAAUGAUACUCUUUGUCUCGAUAUUAUGGACGUUCGGAGCUCUCUGCCUUGGCACAUCUGUCGCUCUCCCCAUACUCCUUGGCCGAGGAUUCUUUGGCAUGGUCUUCAAAGGAAAACGAGAAGUACACGAUGGAUAUUCUAUCAUUGCCGGAUUCUACGUGCUUUGGGCAUGUUGGGUUGUUGGCAGAGCUGUUCGACCUUACUUACUUACUCUGGAAGACGCCUUGGGCUGCUUUAGGAUGCCGAGUGGUUGCCCCCCCAAAAAACCUCCUCUUCUUCAGCAAAUCAAUAUCAGUCAGAGAUCUAGCUUUCAUAAACUAUCUAUGUCUCGUCUAAAUGAAUCCAUGAAAUCUAUUCCAACAUCUUCUAUCGCACCAUCUCAUUCAAAACGGAAAUGGUCAAGGCUGCUACACACUCCUUUGUUGGCUCGUCUUGCGCUACCAUCCAUAACGGCGAUCUUGUCACUGACGCUCAGGCUAUGCCUAAUCCCAAGCCUCGCAAACAGUCAAGGAAGUUUAAUCGCGCCCAUGUACGAACAGUCUGACACAUCCAUACAAACCACUCCUUCGCCAACCCGAGGUUUGAGGAUUGCAAUGUCUACUUUGACAGAGCAUGAACUCUUGCCUCUACCUUCCUCUUUAACGGGUCACAGCGUCCAGGCUACACCUAGUCGCAAACGGAGACAAUCUAAGCUGAUGCGGUCCCCUCAUACCUUUAAUCCGAAUGCCGACUACAUUCCUACCUUCAGAACAGAUUCUGAUGAAGAAUCAAGGAAGAAUCGGAAUGACCACAUCGCAGAACCGUCUGGCGUCACAGCAACAGCACAUACUCCUCGUCGUGUACACUUGGCAGAGUCUCAGGCAUGCUCUUCACCUGCUCCACUUAGAGAUCUAGCUUUCCUUUCUGACAAGAGGCGUAGUAAUACGCGCCUUUCCGCAUUGGAACGAGCCAAGGAACUAUUUGGUACACGUUCGAGUCCCGUGAAACCAUUAUCGGGUCUGGCACAGAUUUUCGACGACGAUGAGCAGGACGCUGAGGCAGCUCAUCCAUCUCAUCAAGUAAAUGAGAGGCCUAUCACCGUUGAUAAGGUAUUUAAAGAGGAAGAGGAGGAGUUGAAAAUUGACGCUGCAGAAGAAGCCGCCGAAAUGAGCAGUGGAGAUGGGUCUGAUCCUAUGUCCCAAGAUCCUGGCUUGGUUCAAAUCACUAGCUCUGAUUCCAAAGCUGCUGCUAUCUCAAAACAGCACGACUACGAUUGCUUCACUAAGAUUGUUUUGAGGCAACAGCAACAACGCACUCGAGAAAUUUCGCAUUACACUAUCGAGAAGUUGAAACGGGACAGUUGUCAUAAGACGCUGUCUGGUGCGGGAAUCUCUAAGGGCAAACCUCGCUUGACGCCGAGACGCUCGCUGGGUACCGCUGUGGGCGACAUGGUCUAUAUACCUCACAGUCCGGUGACAACUCUAGGGAGACUACUAAAGGAAGCCGAGAAGGAAGUCCAAGAGGAGCAGUUUAGAGCUGUUUCGCCCCGCAUCUCCAAGUCUGGUUCUCUGAUGCCCGAAGAUAAUGCACUCGUCGGAAUAGGGCUUAGUGAACGUGCAUCGUACCGUACUCCUUUGCCUGCGAAAUAUGGGCUCGCAAUCCGACCGCAGAGCACACUCGUGCAUGAAAUCAGGGAUGUAGAAGAUGACCACCAGAAUGAUUAA